UCCACCCUAUCCAGUGCGUUCAUCUCUCCGUCCGUUACUGUCCCACGAGUGGAGAGGAUUUCAGCACCGGGACAGAUCCACCACACAUCCGUCACCGUCUUAAGCAUCAUGGCGACAGAGUUCCACAACCUCCAGGAGCUGCGUCACAGUGCGUCUCUGGCCACCAAGGUCUUCAUUCAGAGAGACUACAGUGAAAGCACCAUUUGCAAAUUCCAGACCAAGUUUCCCGCAGAGCUGGACAGCAGGAUCGAGAGGAGCCUGUUUGAAGUAACGUUGAAGACGCUCAACUGCUACUAUGCAGAGGCUGAAAAGAUUGGCGGUCAGUCAUACCUGGAAGGUUGCCUGGCUUGUGCUACGGCCUACAUCAUCUUCCUGUGCAUGGAGACACGCUAUGAAAAGAUACUAAAAAAGACCAGCAUGUAUAUUCAGGAGCAAAACGAGAAGGUCUAUGCACCCAGAGGUUUGCUCCUCACAGACCCCAUCGAGAGAGGUAUGAGAGUGAUCGAAAUCUCCAUCUUCGAGGACAGUGGCUCCACCAGCUCCAGCUCUAGUGGAAGUUCUCCGACCAGUAGCACGGCUCAAUGACUGGAGGAGCAGCACCAGGGGUACGGGUACAGGGGGGUCUGUACGCUCCCCAAGAUCCGCAUGUUGAAACAUGAGAGCACCAGAUUUUAAAUGCUGAGUGAGAGAGAGAGAGAGGAAGUACAGGUACUACUCACUCACUCGCUUCUUCCAAACAACAAGCGCAAAGCCAGGAGCUUUAACUCACAAAUACAACUUCCCCAUCCCAUUUAAUUCAACCUCCUUUGCAUUUCCAUUAAGUGACAUAUAUAAGUUGAUAAGACAGCCUCAAUAAUGAAAUAAAGAGGGCUAGCAAUGAUUGGAGUGCUUUCUACAGAUUUCUCACUGUGCCUUAGCUCUGGAAAAUCAGGUUAAGAUGGUUUUGAAACAACAGGUAGUCUAAAAUGGCAAUUAGCUGGGUUAUACUGGCAUGACCAACUGAUGGCUAUAGGCUAGGUCUACACUAAUCUGGGUACAUUUAAAAAUGCAUAUUUUUUUUCAAUGUGUGGUCCUUUCGUCCACACUGAGACAGCGUUUUUUUCCCGCUUAAAUAGAGAUUUCUGAAGACGCUCUGCCUAGUGGAUAAAUCUAAUGCAGUUUUCACUUUAUAGUGUAAACUGUAAAAUCUUGAAAAUGAUAGCGCAUGUUUAGUCAUGUGACACAUAUUAUACUAUACCUAUUGAUAUCUAUGUUUAUACCAGUAUGUGCCUGCUUUGUGCUAUUCACUUUCACAGUGUUGCUAAAGAGAAAUGCUACUUUGUACAAUCUUCAUAUUACAUUCCUGCAAAAACGACACAAAAUCACUCGCAAUUGCUGUCCUACAGCAAAAAAAUGAUGGGCAGUUGUGUUUUAGUCAGUAUGUGGGAUGGCGUUUUAAAGCACCCCUGAACACACUAGUAAUUAAUUAGCUUUUUCCAACGUUUCAGUGUGGACGAGAAACUUUUUGAAAAUGCUUGUGCGGACCAUGAGCGUUUUGCAAUGAAAAUGUUUUAAUGUAGACAUAGCCUAGAUGGUUCCAAAACAUAGCAACUAGCUUAAGCUGGAUUUUCCAGCAGGGCUUCGGUGCUUAUUUAGUUUGGACAGUGACUGAGCUCUCUCUAUUCAUCCCCCUGAUGUUCAGCAGUGCCUCAGUUCACUGGCAGGGUUGACCCUUUGCAGCGCUCCAGGCUCAUGUUCCUUCUGUUAGUUCCACCACAUACCUGCACCUCAGAGGUUCAGUGUUUGGUGUCGUGGACAAUAUGCCCAAACCGGGCAAUGCUCCCUUCUGCUCAUGGAGGAUAAUAACAAAUGGCAGCCCUUCUGGCUGCAUGUUUCUUUAUAAUUUUUUUCUUAAUUUGUACGAUAAAAACUACCUCUGGUUUGUGCAUGUGCAGGGAGCCGAGGGAGCCAGUUUAGACAGGAUGAGGUCCAACAUGUAAAUGCUCCUUAGAUAACGUUUAUUUGGACUGAUCUGGUUCAGAGGAGAUUGACUCACCAGCUGUUCAGAAUGAGCUGUGAGAUUUUUCAUUGCUCUUGUUGGUUUCAUGUUAAGCAUAUUUGCUAGACUCUCAGACAUAAUUCAUGCAAGAAUGCAUGUUCAUUAUUCUCUUAUAUAACAUAAUGUGCUAUGAUUGACUUCCCUUCAGUUUAUGAGUUUGUUGAAGUAAAAAAGUGGGCAGUAAUUGUCCAGUAUUAAUUGUGCCAGGAAAAUAGAGUUUUGUCUGUAAGUGUAAGUGGCAAAGCAAAGUGGCAUAACUGUUUAAUGUAUUAAAACAAGUUUGAGCUGUUGAAUUUGAUCUCCCUUAUCUUGUAGCAUUCAGUAAAUGCUCUUAUUGGACUUCAGGAAGCUUUAAAUUAUUUAUUCUCAAAAGGUCAAGGUAAAUUUGAUUCCAAAUUUGAAUUCCCUUUAACUGCCUGUUAUUUGUUUCCCCUUUUAAAUAACCAGUUGCCCACCUGGCCACAGUUACUGCCCAACUUUAAGCUUCUCUAGGGUUUCUCCUCAGUUAAUUUCUGUCAGCCACUCAUCUGAUAUGUAUCGCAGCGUUCAUAGAUCUCCUGUGCUUGGUGCCUUCAUGUUUCACUGCUGUGGAUAUACCAACCCUGGCGCUGAUCCACCAGGACCGAGCACUUUUGUAAAUUGUACAUGACUUGCACUAUUUAUGCAUGAGAGUCUUUGUCUACAUGUGGACUUCAAGUCAUCAGUGAGUGAAUGUCUGUAGUUUUCUUUUGAUGAAGCUGUUCUUGAUGUUUAUGAAGUCACCGUGAAUCUGUUCACAGUCCUUUUGUUUUUCUGUCAUAUAAUAUAUUUUUCAGACCAGUUUACAGUGGGACCUUUGAGAAUUGAUUGGAUUGUGAUAAAUUGGCAUUUCCACAAUCCGGUUUGUUUUACAAUUUUAUUUGAAAUUGCAAGAAGCAAUGAAUCGUGCACAAUAACAUCAUGGUACAUGAGUUAAGAAAGUGUAUUUUCAUUGUGAUUUUAUGUUGACUGUUUGUUGGACUGGAAAGGCAUGUUUUUGACAAGUUGCUCAGGAAAGAUUUUACAAGUAAAUCUGCCAAAACUCUCCCAACCACAGCCUUUACGCUUUGACAAAGCUGACUGAAAAUCUGAAAUAUUUCUUGGCAUGGUUUUGACUCUAAUGAUGGAGUCGGAGGGGCCCUUCAAUAUUUACAAUAUUUAGUCUGAAAGGGCCCUGGGCUGAUCCAUACAAAUCAGUAAAACAUGACAUAAAAAUUUAAGUUACAUUAAAAAGACAUAUAUCACCUUGUGUUUAUAUGGACAAGCCUGCUAUUUUGGACAGGUCAUAUAUAAUUCAUAUAAAGUGUCAGGCACUGUGUCUAACGUCAUGCCAUGGGUUUUCAUUUAUAUCAACAAAUAUUGGGUGUGUCAGAAAAGGUAAGACGUAAAAUCUAAUUAAUACACAUCUGUUAAAGAAAAAAAAAGAUUCACAUAUUAUGUAUUAAAAAGUACUUUGAUAUGGUAAAAUGUAAAUACUAGUUUUGUAUUGUAUAUUAUAUUGUUUUGAACCAAUUGUAUAGAAAAAAAAAA